GAAGGCGCGUGCGUCCUCCUAGGUCUCGGAUGCACGGGACGAAUCCACGUCUUUCGACGGAACUCGAUCGAUGCCACAGAAUACCGUUUUUCCGUCUCUACCAUUCAGCAGAGGGUGGCCAGCCUUAUGUCCUCGUGUUUUUCUCGCUCAUCAUCUGUUACCAUAACGUCAAAAGAGGCUCGGCAGCGUGCAGUACUCAGCCAGUUUGCCUCGCAGGGCGAAGAGUAUACGUCCUAUGAUGUGGCUCAACUAUUGCUUGAUAGAGCAGCUGGUCUCGUAGAGGUUCGCGAGGUGGAGCACAAUUUUUGCGCCAAUGUUUCUGUGAUUCGUUUCGAGACUGCGACUAACACUGACUAUCUAGUAUCUGGAUUCAAUAUCAACACCAAUAAGUGGAUGCUCGAGUGA